AUGCAGAACUUGGAUUUGAAACAAGGACCUUCUGGUCAUUCCAAAAGAUCUUGGCAGGGAUGCCGUCUCUCCCCACUCCUGUUUAAAUUCGUGAUCUAUGAGAUAAUGAGACGAACGCUGGAAAGUCUCCAAAACCCCGGUGUUCAAAUAGCAUGUGAAGAAAACCUUGCGAUCUGGAAUACGCAGACGACAUCGUUCUCAUUUUCUAAGAGCAGAAGUCACGAGUGUUUUUGGAUAGACUGA